UCAUAACAUAUGGACUUUCAGUCAUGGCUCUCUACAAGGUGAUCUUUGUGGCAACUGUGCUGACUCUGCUGACACCAGAGUCUCACUCACAACUCGAUGUGUGUGGCCGGCCUGCACUCAACACCAGGAUUGUUGGAGGACAGGCGGCCCCUGAGGGCAGCUGGCCCUGGCAGGUCAGUCUGCAAACUUCUAGACACUUCUGUGGAGGAUCCCUCAUCAACAACGAAUGGGUGCUGACAGCUGCUCACUGCGUCUCAAGCUCCGUCAGAAGACACACUGUGUUUCUGGGACGCCAGAGUCAGGAGGGACCCAACCCCAACGAGGUGUCUCGCACAGUAACGCAGACCAUCAUUCAUCCGAACUACAAUUCAGCGACAUCCAACAACGACAUCGCCCUACUAAGGCUCUCCUCACCAGUGACUUUCAGCAACUUCAUUCUGCCUGUCUGCCUGGCAGCCGCAGACAGCGCCUUCUUUGCCGGCACUGACACCUGGGUCACCGGCUGGGGCAACAUUGGAACUGCUGAGCCCCUUCCUUCACCACAAAACCUGAUGGAAGUGGAGGUGCCAGUUGUGGGGAACAGACAGUGUAACUGUAACUAUGGAGUGGGCAGAAUCACAGAGAACAUGAUAUGUGCCGGGUUACUUAAUGGAGGGAAGGACUCCUGUCAGGGGGACUCUGGCGGUCCAAUGGUGAGUAAGCAGAACAACCGCUGGGUCCAGGCGGGAGUCGUGAGUUUUGGAAUUGGUUGUGCCCUGCCUAAUUUCCCAGGAGUCUACGCCAGAGUAUCCCAGUAUCAGACCUGGAUCAACAGCAUUAUCACAUCCAACCAGCCGGGCUUCAUCAUCUUCAGGUCCACUGGGACUGAUAGUGACCAGAAUGUCACCUGUCCAGGCCUGCCGCCACCUACAACCAGACCCCCUCCAACAACCACACCCAGACCUGUGGUCUGUGGCCGAGCUCCAUUGAAUUCACGUAUUUUGGGAGGAAGCUCGGUGGGGACAGCUGGCGAGUGGCCGUGGAUGGCGAGCAUACAGAUGAAUGGAAGUCAUGUGUGUGGUGGGACGCUGGUGGCCGAGGACUCUGUGCUGAGCAAUGCCAACUGUUUCUCCAGUUCACCCACACCGUCUGAAUGGACCGUCACCCUGGGUCGUUUGAGGCAGAACGGAUCCAAUCCCUUUGAGGUGACACUGAAUGUGACAAAUAUCACUCUGAGCAACCUGACUGGGUCUAAUGUAGCAGUGCUGCACCUGGAAACCCGACCCACCCUGACCGACUACAUCCAGCCCAUCUGCCUGGACGACGGACUCACCUUCAGCGUGGGGUCGACGUGCUGGGCUGCCGGCUGGAACUCUGAGCGAGGAGGGGACGAACAAGUUCUGCAGGAGUUCCGGACCUCGGUUUUAGACUGUGGGAACGCAUCAACGAAUGGCAGCAUUUGUACAGGAGUUUUUACACUGGAGCAGGGUGAUUCCGGCGGCCCACUCAUGUGUAAGCAGGGCAACUCCUGGUUCCAAAUGGCGGUGUUAUCAGCUGAAAGCAACUCCACCAGACAAACACGAGCGGAUCAAGUGAUGGUCUUCACCAAACUGAGCCAGUUCGAGAACUUCUUGUCUCAGACAGUGGGGAGGUUCUUAUCUCCAACCACCAACAGCAUCAACAGCACUAACAGCACUAACAGCACUAACACCACCACCACACCUACCAUGACCACCAGUGGGGGCGUUCUCACUGGCUCCCCCGCCUCGUUCUUCUUCUUCCAUUUCCUUUUCCUCUUAGUCUGUCUCCUCCUCUUCUCAUAGAAACCUCCAACUCUUUCUGUAAAUAGUGAUUUACAUGAUGUGAUCGGCACAAAUGAAUGUAAACACCCAUGAAUAUGAGAGACGAUGUCAUCUUAAAGCUGCAUUAACUUAUCUAUGACUUGAUUCUGCCUCUAUUGGUGAGCACCAGUAGUGAAGUUAACGGGGUUAAAUCAGGACUCCAGAGUUCCCACAGGGGAUGACAGAUGAAGGCAGGGUUUUCCAAAACUGUAAAAUUCUCCUGGUUUAAUCAUCAGUGCAAACAACGAAACACUACGCUAAAAAGGUUGUGCUGUUAUGCUCAGAGUCAAUGUGCCACAUAGUUCUGGCGUCUGGCCCCUGAGGCUUUUGGGUAAUGUAGUAAUUUUUUUAGACUAUACACAUAACAAACUUCCACCUGUUUGAGUUUAUAGGAGCUGUGUUGGCAGGGGCAACAUCCUGUCUCCCAGUUCCAUGCUAAUACAUCACAUUGUGAUACUGUUAUAAAAAAAAAAGUUUUGUUUUGUUUUUUUUGUUUUUUUUUUUUUAAAUAUGGGUUUAAAUGAAAGGUGUAAAAUAGGGGUGUACAAUGAAGAAAUGUUUAAGUUGCACUGGAAAAAAAAUGCACAGUGGGGUCCACAAGUCUGAAACCACUUGAAUGGGAGAGUGGUCUUAGACUGUUUGUGGCCUAGUAUUCCAGCAUUUCAUGGUUUUUGAAGAUGAUAUCUGCACCAGUUUUUUUAAUCAUUUUUUAAAAUCAGCACAAUGAUGAAUGUGAAAUAUUUGAAUAUAUAAUUUGUAUUUGAUAAAUAUUAUUUAAUCUGUUUUGAAGCACAGAGUGAUUAGUUAAGUGGGACCCCUGCAGUUGUCACCCUUCAGACAUUUUUCCUUUUCUCCUUGCACAUUGGAAGUAGGUGAAGUUGCUUCAGAAAUCUUUUUCUAAACCUUUUUUUUCAAACUUUUCUUUUAUGGAUUUCUUGCAGUCCUGAAAACUUAAGGACGUUUUGGAGGUCUGAGGACCACAGUGGCAACAGUCAGCCUGUCCCAUCAACUACCUCAUAUUACCAGAAAGCCACUGUGCCAUAAUGUAAACGUCUAUCUGAGGGGAUGAAGCACUUAAUGCACACAAAUGGUAUUUGCUCUAAAAUACAUAAGCUGCACUUUGAAUUGAAAAUGAUUUGGCUUGAGUGCCGUGGAAUAAAUAUGUAAAUGCAAAAGCA